CGUGACGUCAGCCCAUGAAACUGGAACGCUCGCCCUCAGCCGAGAGCGGCCCCUCAUUGGUUAGUGACGUUCCCGAGACGACGGUUGCUUAACGACGCUUCGGGAUUGCGCCUCUGGAACGGAAAAGUCCCUCUGAAUGUGCGAGCUGAUUGGGUAACAAGGGCAGAAGGCGGGGCCGUGACUGCCGAACCGCUCAAAGCGGCUGCCUUGGGCCCGCUACGUCAACUCCAGCCUCGUCCCCAUUGGCCGUCUCUGCCGAGCUCCCUCGUCCUGAGGACGUGGCUGGAAAGAGAGACCCGGCAGGAUCUGAACGGAGGGAAGAGCGGCAGCGCUCCGGGAUCCUGUGGCGGAAAGGCAAGAGAGAUGCGACUACCUCCUGGAGACCGUAGAGGACACUGACAGAAGCUGGACAGCGGGGGUGACCAUAUGGCCAGGAUCAGUUUUUCCUGCCUGUGUCCAGCAUCUUGGCACUUCACUGUGCCUUCAGUGAGCCUUUGUCUCCGUCAGCGUUUGGCCUUGGUACUCCUGUUGUUUGCAGUCUUUCUUCUACUGAUCGUGGCAAUUAAAAAUCUGUGGCACUGGAAAACUGAUUCUCAUGAUAGGCAGUUUGAAAGGUAUUUAGCACGUUAUCGCGCCUUGGAGGCAACAGACACAAAGGAUCCAGCUCUGAGUUACGGGGUGGUUGUUGACUGUGGGAGCAGUGGUUCCCGGGUCUUUGUGUAUUAUUGGCCGCCACACAAUGGGAAUCCUCAUCACUUACUUGACAUCCGGCAAAUGCGAGAUCACAGCAGUGAACCUGUGGUCAAGAAGAUCAAACCAGGGAUCUCUACACUGGCAAAAACUCCAGAGAAGGCUAAUGAGUAUAUGAAGCCACUGCUCACGUUUGCUGCUGCCUAUGUACCCAAAGUCAAGCACAAAGAGACACCACUCUACAUUAUGUGUACCGCAGGCAUGAGGCUAUUGCCUGACAAGCAGCAGGAGGCCAUCCUGGGGGACUUGGUGAAGGACAUACCCUUGGAUUAUGACUUCCUCUUCUCGGAAUCUCAGGCAGAAGUGAUUUCAGGGAAACAAGAAGGUGUCUAUGCUUGGAUAGGCAUCAACUUCGUCCUAGGUAGAUUUGAUCAUGCGGAAGAGGAAGAUGCACUGAUUUCUGUGACCCUGUCAGGUCAAGAAGAGCCCAUGGUCCGAAAAAGAACAGUUGGGAUCCUUGACAUGGGAGGUGCUUCCCUGCAAAUAGCCUAUGAGGUGCCAAGCUCAGCCUCCUUUUCUUCCCCACAGCAGGAGGAAGCUGCCAGAAGUUUGCUUGCGGACUUCAACUUGGGAUGUGAUGUGCAGCACACAAAACAUGUGUAUCGAGUCUAUGUCAAUACUUUCUUGGGCUUUGGAGGCAAUUUUGCUCGGCAACGAUAUGAAGAACUGGUGCUGAAUCAGACCAUCGCUCACAACAGGUUGCACAGUGUACAAAUAGGUUUAAAUUCUGAAGUGCCAGUCUUAGACCCGUGCCUGCCAAUGGGACUAGAGGAUGUUGUGGAUAAAGAUGGGCAGGCAAUGCAUGUCAGGGGUCAAGGUGAUUGGAGGAGCUGUGCAGAACAACUGCGCCCCCUAUUGGCUGGAGACAACAGCAGUGGAAGUUCUUUGAGCAAUUCCUAUCAGGCAACUAUUGAUUUUAAGAACAGUGAAUUCUAUGGGUUCUCAGAAUUCUACUACUGCACUGAUGAUGUGCUGCGUCUAGGAGGAACUUAUCUAAGCAAUACAUUCACACGUGCUGCCCAAGAUUAUUGUAGCCUGAGCUGGUCAGUAUUGCUACAGAGAUUCCAAGAUAAGCUUUACUCACCACAUGCGGACCUCCACCGUGUUAAGUAUCAAUGCUUCAAGUCAGCUUGGAUGCACCAGGUUCUGCAUGAAGGAUUCCAUUUCCCUAAAGAUUACUCUAGCUUGCGUACAGUGCAGUUGUUAUAUGACCGAGAAGUGCAAUGGACAUUGGGAGCCAUUCUUUAUAAAACCCGCUUUUUACCUCUCAGGGACAUCCAACGGGAGAGCUUCCAUCAGUCACACAACUCUUGGUUCCAUCUUUCCUUUGUCUACAAUCAUUAUCUGUUUUUUGGGUGUAUUCUUGUGGUGACACUUGCAAUUGGGCUCUACCUUCUCCGUCUGCGCCGUAUCCACCAUCAGCCAUUGCAGUCAGCACCCCUUGAUCUGCUGUGGCUAGAAGAAGUUGUACCACUGUCAGCUCAGAAAGAAGGCUCCUGACAAAAGGAUGCUAUCAGGACUGUUGCAGUGACUAUUCAGUGUUUCCUUAUUGGCACUGGUUUUUAAUGGGCCAAAAGCUGUGAUUCUCUUCCCCCACCCCCCUAUAGCACUCCUUGUUAGCCUUAGAGUGGCUGCUCAAUAUUAUUCUAUCCCAAGGGCCGUGGCUGCCAGGGGACUUCAGAUUGUGUCUGAAGUUCCUAGCUGGGAUAGGCAAUCAUGUUGCAGGUGUUACAGGGCAAGGACCAAAGGUUGGCUUCCAUCCCUGUUGGAAUUGGAAACAGUAUCAAGGCAAAUGACCAAAGAAAACUAUCUGCUCAGGAAAAGGUGGGUGGGAGAACUUGCCACAGGAUAUUUGCUGGACCAAGCAGCUUUUUUGAGGGAUCUGCAAAGUAAAGUGAAGUGAAGGUGCUUGCCUUCUGUUUUGAAUAGAGGCUGCUUCUUGUACCAGUGGCUGAGAGAGGACAAUGUUUUAAAAUGUAGGAUCCAUUGAACAAAAAAACACUCUCAAAACCAGAAGAAAAAGAAGCUAUAAUUGGUUGCUACAUUCUGCCUUCUUUUUCCCACUUAUGGUUUUCAAGGAAUUGAAUUUUGCACAUAGAGAGCAUGGAGAUUCUGUCAGAAUUACAUGCAUGAUGAAGGAUGGCUCGUUGGGGAUGCUCCUUCCUUGGGCAUUUCAUCUGUUUCUAGUACAGGUAAUCCCCCAGGUACGACCGUGCAUUUAGUGAAUUUUCCCAAGAACAAAUUUAUUCAGGAAAGAUAUUCUAAAAAGAAGCCUCUGUAGCUAUGUGACUUGGAUUCAACCACUCCUGCAGCAGUAGCCAUUUUAAACUGGCUUCCCAUUGCCGUUCUGCAUUAUGAAAUGCAAUUUCCUGAAACUGGCAAGGUUUGUUUUUUCUCCCUGGUCACAUGGCCAAACAAGUUGCAGUUAUUUUGCAACCAGUGCUGAGUUUGUUUUUGGUUUUUUUGGUGCUACCUGGAGAGGCUUGUGCUGAUCAGAGGGAGUGUUUUUUUUAAAAGAGGUUUUAAAUUUAAAUUGACUCCAGAAGUUGUGGAUGCCCCAUCACUGGAGGCUUUUAAGAAGAGACUGAAUAGGCAUUUAUCAGAAACACCCUCCCCCCCCAAAUCCCAAUUUAGCUGGCUGUCUAGAGGGGCUUGAAUUGACUAGCAAUUUUUUAAAAAGUCCUUGCCUGUCUGGAUAGAUUUGAGCUUAGCAGGGGCAAGUGAUUUUUUAUUUUAACCCAUAAUGAAAGACCUUCAGCCAUAGUGACCGCAACAGUUUUCCAAAAUGUCUGGAACACCCCUAUUUUUAGAAAUGGACCAUUCCAGUUGUGAAUAGUUCUUGUUUUCCCACCAAUAAGAGUGUAUGCAGUGUAUGCACUUGCGUCAGUUAUUUGGUGUUUUCUGUAGAGCCAUUUGAAUUUGAGUUUCGGUCAUUUUGACCACAGAUCUUUGUUAACAUUUUUUUUAUAAUGUCGGGGCAAAGUUUUUCACCAAAAAGAGUGCGAUUUGGUGCUGCAAACUUUGAAAAAAUUGUUCUAAAAUGGUAUGGAGAAACAGAGCUAUCUGAGUGAAGUGGAAUCAGAUUGUGACAAAAAAUUUGCAAUGGACGAUGAGGAACCAGCCACUGGCAGAGAUUCUGACAUCAGUGAUGAUGAAUCUCCCAAUGAAAUUGAUGACCAUGUGCAAUCUACAUCGUGCAAUAAUUUAUAUAGCAAGAACAAAUUCAAAUGGUCUUCCGCACCUUUUGGAAGCAAUAGAUCCAGAAAUGCUAGUCACAAUAUUGUUGUGUAAUUACCUGGACUACGGUCAGCAGCUGGAAAUCUCGGCAAUUCACCUACUCUCCUAGAGAUUUGGAAAUGAUAAUUUUCUAAAGAAAUUAUUAGUGCCAUCAUUCUGUGGACCAAUGCAAAAAUUAGAGAAGAAAGAUUGAACUUCAAGGAUGAAGAAACAAAAAGUGACCUGCGCGAUGUGAUAGAGAUCGAGACAUUUUUUGCUUUACUGCUCUAUACAUCAAUUUUUAGAGCCAACCAUGAAAACAUUGAAUGUCUUUUUGCUACAGAGGUUAUUAUGACUUCAUGUCUCUAAUAGUGUAGCCAAAAUAGUACAUCUGUGGUUAAGGGUUAAAGCAACUUAAGCUGAGAGUUUUGUAAUACCUCACCCCACCCCACCCGCUGCCUGGAGAUACUUGAGCUGUCUUUAAAAAGCAACUGCAAGCAGAGAGCUCUGGGAGCCUGCUUGGAGACAGUUUAGUUUCUGAGCUGAAGGCUGCACCGGAAACAGCUGAUGGGCAGCUGGCAGCAGCGGAGAAAGCCUCUCCGUUCAGUUAACAAUGGCAGUGAUCAAUUAAUGCAGGAAAUAGUCAGAUUUCGUUCAUUUAACAACCCAUUUGAUUCAGUUAACGAAUUUGAUUUUAAAAAUUUGUAAAAUUGAGUCUGAUUCAUUUGAAGAAUUUUUUGACUUACGACCCUAAUGGGCAGGCUCCAUUAGGGUCAUACCUUGAGGACCAUCUGUAUAGCAGAAAACUAUCUUGAAAUACAAACCAUUCUGGAUAACUGAACUUCUUUCAACAGCGACUGUCUAAAUUAACGGUGAUCUACAUUUCAUAAUGUAUUUGUUUGAAUACUUGAAAUCCAGUGAAUUUUAGCAAUAAAGUACACUGAGCUAUGUAA